GCUAGCGGUUGCCAUGGAAACAGCCAACGGCGAGUGGGGAUGGACGCUGGCGGCGAGGCACCGCCCGGCGGGGCGGGGUGCUGGCAGGGGCGGUGGCGGCCGCCGCCCCUCGGCGGGCCGUGGUGGGCAGCGGUGCGGGCGGACAGCGCGGAGCCAGCUCUCGUCCUGCUGUGCUGGAGGCUGUUGCCAUGACCCUCACCAAAGGCUCCUUCACCUACUCCAACGGGGAGGAGUACCGUGGCGAGUGGAAAGAAGGUCGCAGGCACGGCAUCGGCCAGCUGACGUUUGCGGAUGGCACUGCUUACGUGGGGCACUUUGAGAACGGGCUCUUCCACGGCUGCGGCGUGCUCACCUUCUCCGAUGGCUCCAGGUACGAGGGGGAGUUUGUGCAGGGCAAGUUCAAUGGCGUCGGAGUCUUCACGCGCUGUGACAACAUGACCUUUGAGGGCGAGUUCAAAGGCGGGCGCGUGUACGGCUUCGGUCUCCUGACCUUCCCUGAUGGCUCGCACGGCGUGCCCCGCAAUGAGGGCUUCUUUGAGAACAACAAGCUGCUGCGGCGGGAGAAAUGCACGGCCAUCAUCCAGAGGGCCCAGGGCGCCUCCAAGUCUGCCCACAGCCUGACAGCGUGAUGUCAUGCCCUCCCACCAGAGCAGGGACCCCCCUACUUGGGCGCUGGCUGGCCCUGCAGAAGGGAUGUGGCACUGCUGGGUGCCUCCCUGCCCUUCGGCCCCUCCAAGCAUCCUCCUGCCAAGCCCCUGCGCUGGAGGGGAUGGGACCCUCCGCUCUCCACCCAAGUGCCCUGGGGCAGCCGUGGUGCCUUCUCUUUCUGGCUGUAGCCCUGGCACCUGCUGGAGCAGCAGAAGGACAGGGGUUUGGCCCCUCUUCCCCCCAGGAAGACUGUGGACCACUACAGCUGCUAGCCAGCUGCAGAGGAUGGAGCAGAGGGGUAGAGGCUGGUCCCUGACCCCACUGCCAGGGUGCCUUGGCUGGAAGCUGCUGACUGAACCACAUACCCCCAGAGGGGCAGCUCCUGGCUCACUUUGUUGGCCUGGUCCUGGAGGCAGGGUGGGCACCCCGGGCAGGCUGUGGCCUGCACGCUCAGCUCUGGGCGACGGGCCAUCCCUCUGCAUGCCCAGGGUACGGUGACACUGUGUCCCCAAGGAACCCAACCUGCUCUAAGGGCCAGCCAAGGGGCUGCGUCCCCCUCAUCCCUGUGCCAAUCCACCCAUCCACCCACUGCCUUGGGGACAUCAGCAGCAGCAUCCCCACCAAGAGCGACUGGGGAAUGCCCAGCCUGGCACAUGGCUGGUGGAGGAUGGUAGCAAUGGGGAGCAAGGAGAAGGGUCAGCUGGAGCCCGGAAUGAGGCACGUGAGCAGGGCUGCAUGGAGUGCCAGGGCUGGAGCAGGAGGCCUGGGCAGGGCGGGGAUAGAGGUGCAGUGAAGGGGCAGGCAGGGGGCACACAGUUCCCCAUUUUGCCCCCCACAGGCGUCCUUCACCUCCCCACUGCAUGCUCACCUUGGCCCCCGGUGCGGUCUGGCUGGCCCUGGCACAGGGGUCCCGGCAGCCCUCACUGCCCAGUGCAGGCUCCAGGGGCCGUGCCCUCCCUGCCAGGCUCUGCCCGCACCGGGUCCCGUGCCUUGCUGUGACCCUGCCUUGUGCUGCUGCCUGCACGGGCCUCAGCUCAGUAAACCAUGUUGCCAAA